CUCGCCCUGUCGCAUGUGCGCCUCGUGGAGAGCGACUCCUUGUAGCGGAAGGCUCUCGAUGUGGGGAGCUCGACCUUAAACUUUAUUGAGCGCAAGAAAACUUGUUUUAAAAAUGUUAGUGUUAUUCGAAACUGCGGCUGGCUAUGCCAUUUUUAAGGUCCUGGAUGAACAGAAACUCCAGCAGGUGGACAGCCUGUGGAAGGAGUUUGAGACGCCAGAAAAAGCCAACAAAGUAGUAAAACUAAAGCAUUUUGAGAAGUUUCAGGACACGACAGAAGCUCUCGCAGCGGCCACAGCCAUGGUGGAGGGCAAACUGGGGAAAAGUCUGAAAAAAGUUCUGAAGAAAGUUGUGGCCAAAGAGGCUCACGAGCAGCUGGCCAUCACUGACGCUAAACUGGGAGGAGUCAUUAAGGAGAAGCUGAACCUGAGCUGCGUGCACAGUCCUGCUGUCGCUGAGCUCAUGAGGGGCAUCAGAAACCAGAUGGAGGGGCUCAUCACAGGUCUUCCUGCCAGAGAGAUUGCUGCUAUGUCUUUGGGUUUAGCCCACAGUCUUUCGCGUUACAAGCUGAAGUUCAGCCCAGACAAGGUGGACACCAUGAUUGUUCAAGCAAUCUCUCUGCUGGAUGAUCUGGAUAAGGAGCUCAAUAACUACAUCAUGCGCUGCAGGGAAUGGUACGGCUGGCACUUUCCAGAGAUUGGCAAGAUCAUCACGGACAACCUGGCAUACUGCAAGACUGUCCGCAAGAUUGGUGAUCGGACAAAUGUGGCGACAACAGAGUUAUCUGAGUUUCUGCCAGAGGAGAUCGAGGCGGAGGUGAAGCUGGCUGCAGAGAUCUCGAUGGGCACAGAGGUGUCUGAGGAGGACAUUGCAAACAUCAUGCACCUGUGUGACCAGGUUAUUGAAAUAUCUGAGUACCGCACACAGCUGUAUGAUUACCUGAAGAAUCGCAUGAUGGCGAUUGCACCAAACCUCACAGUCAUGGUGGGAGAAUUGGUGGGAGCCCGUCUCAUCUCUCAUGCAGGAUCUCUGCUGAACUUGGCCAAACACCCUGCGUCCACUGUUCAGAUCCUCGGGGCAGAGAAAGCUCUCUUCCGUGCUCUGAAAACCCGUCGGGAUACGCCGAAAUACGGUCUCAUCUAUCACGCCUCUCUGGUGGGACAGACCACAGCCAAGAACAAGGGUAAAAUCUCCAGAAUGCUGGCCGCCAAAACGGCGCUCGCCAUUCGUUACGAUGCGCUGGGUGAAGACACCAAUGCAGAGAUGGGAGUGGAAAACAGAGCCAAGCUAGAGGCCAGACUACGCUACCUGGAGGAGAAAGGGAUCAGGCGCAUCAGUGGUUCAGGCAAAGCUCUGGCAAAGGCUGAUAAAUAUCAACACAAGAGUGAUGUAAAGGUAUACGACCCGUCUGGUGACUCAACACUCCCCACCGUCUCGAAGAAGAGGAAGAUUGAAGAGGUUGAGGAGGCAGAAGAGGAAGACCAGCCCAUAGAGGCCAAAGCCAAGAAAGUGAAGAGGGAAGCCCCCGCGGAAGGAGAGGCUGAAACAGAGACACCAAAGAAGAAGAAGAAAAAGAAGAGGGCAGAGGAGGAACCCAAGCAGGAGGAGGAGGAGACGGCUGUCAGCCUGGUAGAGGAGGUCAGAGAGGAGACGACAAAAAAGAAAAAGAAACGAGCAGCUGAGGUGGAGCUGAAAGAAGAGCCAGAAGAGGCUGCGGUAGAAGAGACGACAGAAAAAAAGAAGAAAAAAAAGAAAAAGGUAAAAGAGGACGAAUAAACCAACAGGACUCUUUCCAUGAACUUUUUGUAAAUAAGACAUUUUUAUAGUGUUUUUGGACAUUAUAUGGACAUUAUCCCCCUCUCGAACAGUUCCAGUGGACUGUUGUCAUUUGUUUAAAAAAAUAUAUACAUUUAAUUUUUUAAUUAUAGGAUAUUUUCUCCACACAUUGCUUGAUUUGUGAGAGAAAAGCCCAUAGAAUUCAUAUAUUUGAUCCCAUGCAUUGUUUUUCUAGAUCAUGCAGUUCAGUUUGUCUUUUUAUCGAUCAAUGUUUUUAGUUAAAAGUGAGAACGGGGUCAAACUAAAGACAACUGUGAGCUUUGAUGUAAAACUGGGUCAUUUGUGUCGCAGGUUUAUUAAAUACUCGAUGUUUCUAGCA